AUGGAUAUAAAUCGGGACGAGGAAGCGAAAUCGCCUGAUAUUUUUGCGGAUGAGGAAGAAAGUGUUGAUUCUUUCGAAAUCGGACCCGCUGGAGCUGAACCCUUGGAGCCUGAGGAUUCUUUUGAAAUCGAAUACCCGCCCAAUCAGACAGUUCUAGAAGAUGAUCCAAUUAUGACGAUGCUAAAUGAGAGUUCGGGGGAUUUUGAAGAGGAAGGAAACGUAGCAAAAAUGAAUAAAGAUUAUCCAGAAGAGGAUGCACUGUCCAAAGUUUUGCGAUCUUUUCGGAAAUCUCCUUCGACGGACAAAAGUAUUGAUGUAUUCGACGAAGAGCAAAAUCGGCCACUUUUACCAUAUUUGUUGCCCGGUGAGCCGUUGAAUAAACGAAUAAGAAUAGAGGAUGUACCGGGAACAUCGGCUGAAAUUGAGCCAGAGUUGGAAUUGGGCACUGGGCCGAAUCCUAUUGAACCCGAAUAUUGGCAGAAUCAGAAGAAUGUGUUUGUUGUAAAUGGGAAGGUGCAUGAGAUUAAGAGCUUUGUGAGUUUUUUUGGGGGUUUUUAA